AUGUCGCACGAAAUGUCCCAAUUGGGCCCUCGGGCCUUCAACCACGCGAGCAGCAGCGACGCCGAGGCGGAGUACGACCGGCUCCGCGACCUCGCGCGCCAGGAAGCCUCCAAGCGCGGCGAAUGUUUCAGUCGGUCGAAGGAAGCCUACUCGAGCGGCGAUGGCGCCGGCGCCAAGCAACUCUCCGAGGAGGGCAAGGCCCACGGCCGCAAGAUGGAGGAGUACAACAAACAAGCGUCCGAGUUCAUCUUCCGCGAGAACAACGCCAACGGGCGCGUCGAGGCCGACACCAUCGAUCUGCACGGCCAGUUCGCUGAGGAGGCCGAGGAGAUCCUGGAAGAGCGGAUCAAGUAUGCCAAGUCGCAUGGACAGACCCAUCUUCAUGUUAUCGUCGGCAAGGGGAACCACUCCGCGAACCAUAUUCAGAAAAUUAAGCCGCGCGUCGAGCAGGUGUGUCGGGAGCUGGGGCUGCAGUAUACCACCGAGGACAACGAUGGUCGCAUCUAUGUCAACCUGACUGGUGGUGAGGCUGUUAUGCCUCCUUCGACUGGUUACCAGGGUGGGGCUGGAUACCCGGGUCAACAACAGGGACACCAGCAACACCAGCAGCAGCAGCAUGGACAAGGACACCAGCAGCAACAACAGCAGCAACAGCCGGACGAACUCGAGGAGCUGGCCAAGAAAUUCGUGCCCAGGAUUCUGCGGAAGCUCGAGAAGGCUUGCUGUGUGGUUAUGUGA